AUGAAUGCACAGGCGGCAGGCUCGUCACGGCAGCCUGAUCCGCCAACACCGCAGAUGCGGCGCAGCACGGAUCAGCGUUCGGCUGCUGCCACACCCACACUAACACACAAGACAUCGAUGGUCAGUGCAACCGACACCUUUGCAUCAGCGACCGACGGCGAAGGAUACUACACGGAUGCCGCUGACAUCAGCGCCUAUCAUACCGACGAUGCGCGCAGCAGGUUCGAGAGUGAAUCGCACACGAUCAACGCGCAUGGCGUGCAAGACACGGGGGAUAUGGAUCGAGUAUCUAGGACCUCCUCCAGCAGGACAACUCGGAGAGGCGAUACGUCAAUCCCUCUAGACCAGCUCUCCCGUCCCGCUCCAAUAUCACCGUCUUCAGAACAGCCAUCUCAGCCUAUCACAAAUGCAGCAUCUACGCCCAGCACCUCGAAUUUAGAUACAUCCAACGAAGAAACAGGCAAUCGAGUAGAACCUGGCCGCUCCCACCGACAUUUGCGACACGCUGCCAUCCUCGGCCUGCUCUCGCUCUCCGCGAUCUGGGGCACACUAGCUCGCGAAGGUCUCGUAGCACUCAACACUUACGACGGCGAAAGCGUCGCACCGCUCGUAUGGGCUCAGGCCGUCGGUUGCCUCAUCAUGGGUCUUGCGAUCGGCAAUCGAGACGCCAUCGAAGCUCGAUACCCGCCAGCGUACGUCAUGAUCACCACCGGUCUCUGCGGCAGCAUCACGACGUUCUCAAAAUGGAUGCUGGAUGUAUUUCGUGCGUUCGGUGACCAGGGACACUUUGACAGAGGUGGAUUGCAUAACGUCAUGGAUGCGUUGUCGCAGACGGCGGUGACGUUGGGAAUGGCGUUGGUGAGUGUAGGUGCCGGGAUGAAGCUGGCCAGGGUGGUGAACGUUGAGCGAGGUGUUAGAGCCCUGCGAAGGCGACGCUCCGAUCGCGAGUCUGAGCUUGUCUCCACGGAUGCAGCACAUGUCAAUGGCGAAUCACACAAACGCGGCAACAGCAAUCCUCCUCAACUACGAUCUACAAUGCUCCUGGACGCCUCUAUGCUCUCACUCGGCCUCCUCUUCUGGAUCGCAUCCGCCAUCCUCUGCGCACUCUACGCGCCCUUCCGCCACGUCACGUUCAGCCUAGUCCUCGCGCCACCCGGCACCAUCCUCCGCUACUACCUCUCGCGCUACAACACCCACCCACUCUCCAAACGACACUCUCUCCCCCUCGGCACACUCUCCGUCAACCUCUUCGCCACGGCCAUCAUCUGUGCUGCGUUCACUGCCUCUCGCGCCGGCUCGUCGCCUCGAACCUUCGCCGGCGGUAUGACGGGCUGCGAAGCUCUGCAAGGCUUGGAAGAUGGGUUUUGCGGCUGCCUGUCUACGGUGAGCACGUUUGCGGUGGAGCUGCGCACGAUCAAGCCGAGGAGCAAGGCGGUGAGGUAUGCCGUGGUGUCGUGGGUGGCGGGCGUGGUGAUCUGUGUGCUGCUGGUGGGCGUUCCUUGGUGGAACGUUGGGAUGGACGGGAGGUGUCUCGGAUACACUUACUAG